AAGAAACAGAUACAUUUGUUUCAAGAAACAGUAUAAAGAAGGUAGCAAAAAGCUCUACAGAAAACAAAGAAAAUGAAUUUCUCCUCGAAUGUCAACUAACACACAAGGUCUCAAAUAGCAAAAACCAAACUAACAAAGAACUGAGAAAGCCCCUAGUAAACAAACCAAAUGCAAAAAGUGCUAGAAAUUCUAAAAUCUACACAGCCAAAGAACCUUUAUCUAAGAAAGAGAAUAUAGAAAUAGAGAGUCUCCUAAGUCAAAUUUUGAGCAGACUUAAAAAUCUAGAAAUUAAACAGGAACAACGAAUAAACAAUACUGGAGGAGAGACCCCAAACCGCUCCUAA